AGAAGAUAACUCCUUAUGGAGAUGAGAUAAGAGUGAUAAGAAAAACCGAUGUCUGCGUCAGGACUGAACACAGUUAGUCGGUUACCACACUUCAUCUGCAAACCUGCCAGCUUCAACGACUCUGCUAAACUCCUUCACGAAAACUCGAUUCAAGUAUGCCACGGCAGUUGACCCCAGCUCAAAUAUCCGAGGCCAAAGAAUGCUUCUCCAUAUACGGUCGGGAAGGGCGGAUCCCCAUAAGAGAUGUGGGCAAUGCACUUCGAUCUCUUGGCAUCAAUCCUUCCAACUCUGAGAUUGCGAAAGUGAUCCAGGAAAUCGGCUCUCCGCCUUUUGUCAACUUCGAAACAUUUAUGUCGCUACUAAGCAAGGACUUCCCUGUCGAGUCCCCUGAAGAGAUCCGCGAGGCAUUUGGGGUGUUCGACAAGGACGGCAACGGAUACAUAUCGGUUUCGGAGCUGAAGCACGUCCUCAUGACCAUGGGGGAGAAGCUCUCGCAAGAGGAAGUCGACAUAAUGAUUCACGAGGCAGAUAUCGACGGGGAAGGGCACAUCCAAUACGAACAGUUCAUCCACAUGAUGUCCGGCCCUAAAUAGAGGUCUGAGAUAGAUUAUAGGCCGUCCCUUUGUAGACUUUGAUAGGAAUUUAAGAAGCUCUCGUGGGAGAUGCUUUUACAGGACUGUCAUUGAAGCUUUUCAAUGAGAAAGGAAAAAAUACCAUCUGGAUUUGCAAUUCAAUGAAAGAUUAAGAUUAAAUCUUAAUAUAAGUGGAUAAAGUUAAAUAAAUGGAAAGAGAUCUGGAUUGUUAUGUGAGAAAGCUUUCCAACAUGCGAGUAUAACCUCAUGUAAUCCCAAGCUAAUGUCAGCAGGCAAAACCUAAGUUUACCUACCAAUAAGAAAGAGAAAAAUUAAAAUAUUAUAUUAUCACUGUAAAUAACGAAAGGCAUAGUACCAAAUACAUAUAUGUUCUGGUUUUAUAUUAUUAGUACUGAAUUGACUAUAUAUUGCAUACUAGUUAAAGAAAAACUGUACAGCUAUUUAAUUUGAGUCUAACAGAUUUGAAUAAUUAACUUAUCUUACAUAGCGACCUGUAUUACUAGAAAUUCUAGUAUUUAGGAAAUAAUGAUGUUAUCUUACGCUCUCUUUAUUGUCAAAUUGACAGUGCCAGCAGUGUAUCUAAGUUAAAACUAUAAAUAAAGUGAUAUUGCUCA